AUGACUUUCGCCCCUUUGAAGAACGACCUCAUUUUGAGAGCCGCCAAGGGCGAGAAGGUCGAAAGACCACCGAUCUGGAUCAUGAGACAAGCCGGCAGAUACUUGCCAGAGUACCAUGAGGUCAAAGGCAAGCGCGAUUUCUUCGAGACGUGUAGGGAUGCCGAGAUCGCCGCGGAGAUCACCAUCCAGCCCGUAGACCACUUCGACGGGUUGAUCGAUGCCGCCAUCAUUUUCAGUGAUAUCUUGGUCAUUCCGCAAGCCAUGGGCUUCGAGAUCGAGAUGGUGGAGGGCAAGGGCCCGGUCUUCGUGGACCCAUUGAGGUCCCCCGAUGAUCUCAAGCGUGUGGUCAUGAAGCCAGACAUCAUGAAGGAGUUGGACUGGGCUUUCAAGGCCAUCACGCUCACCAGAACAAAGUUGAACGGCCGGGUUCCUCUUUUGGGUUUCUGCGGUGCCCCGUGGACUUUGUUGGUGUACAUGACCGAGGGCCAGGGGUCCAAGAUGUUCCGCUUUGCCAAGCAGUGGAUUUACGAGUUCACGAGGGAGUCCCACGCCUUGUUGCAGGCCAUUACCGACGCGUGCAUUGAGUUCUUGGCCCAGCAGGUGGUUGCUGGUGCUCAGAUGUUGCAGGUCUUCGAGUCUUGGGCCGGGGAGUUGGGUCCUCGCGAGUUCAACGAGUUCUGCUUGCCGUACUUGCGCCAGAUUGCCCAAAAAUUGCCUGCCAGAUUGACCGAGUUGGGCGUCUCCGAGAAGAUCCCCCUCACCGUGUUUGCCAAGGGCGCGUGGUAUGCGUUGGACGACUUGUGUGAAUCUGGCUAUGACACUGUUUCGCUUGACUGGUUGUACAGACCAGAAGAUGCUGUGAAGGUCGUUAACGGCCGCAGAAUCACCUUGCAGGGUAACUUGGACCCUGGCAUUAUGUAUGGGUCUGACGAAGUCAUUUCUCAAAAAGUGGAGGAGAUGAUCAAGGGUUUUGGGGGUGGAAAGCAAAACUACAUCAUCAAUUUUGGCCAUGGCACCCACCCAUUCAUGAAGCCCGAGAAGGUAGGCCACUUCUUAAAAGAGUGCCACAGAUUUGGCUCCUUAUAA